GGCAGGCCCCGCCAGCCCCGGGAGCCACCUGGACGGCGUCGCACCUCCCCGUCGGGGCGGGGUCAAGAGGAAGCGCGCGCUCUUGACGUCAUUGCCGGGCGCCGGUGCCUCCGCUUCUGCCACUUCGCGGGAGAAGUUGUUGGCGCCAAUGGAUCCCGAGUCCCGAUAACGGAUUCCCCAGCCCGCCGGCCUUCCAGCCUGCUCCUUAGUCCUGGGGCUGCGAUGGACAUUCGGAAAUUCUUUGGAGUUAUACCAAGUGGAAAAAAACUUGUAAAUGAAACAGUAAAGAAGAAUGAGAAAACGAAGUCUGUUGAAGAAACUUUAAAAGGAAAGAAAGGAAUAAAGGAAAUCAAGGUAAAUAGUUCUUGUAAAGAGGAUGCCUCCAAACAGAAGCAACCAAACAAGAAAAAGAGGAUUAUCUAUGAUUCAGAUUCAGAAUCAGAGGAGACAGUGCAGGUAAAAAAUGCCAAAAAGCAAUCAGAAAAAUUGCCGUUGUCUUCUAAACCUAGUAAAAUUUUGCGGAAGGAUCCUGUUACAUACAUUUCAGAAACAGAUGAAGAUGACGACUUUAUGUGUAAGAAAGCAGCCUCUAAAUCAAAAGAAAAUGGAAGAUCUACAAAUAGUUAUCUUGGAACAUCAAACAUGAAAAAGAAUGAAGAAAACACUAAGACCAAGAAUAAACCUUUAUCACCAAUAAAACUUACACCAACCUCAGUGCUUGAUUAUUUUGGAACUGGAAGUGUCCAAAGAUCGGAUAAGAAAAUGGUAGCAAGCAAAAGAAAACAACCUUCACAGAAUACAAAUGAUUCCAUAUUAAAUGAUGAAGUCAUCGCCAAGCAAUUGCAACUUGAUGAAGAUGCAGAGCUGGAGAGGCAAUUGCAUGAAGAUGAAGAAUUUGCCAGAACGUUAGCCAUGUUGGAUGAGGAACCCAAGACCAAAAAGGCCCAAAAGAACACUGAAGAUGGAGAAACGUUUUCAUCUGCCCAAGCCAAUUUAAGUAAACCAGAAAAACAUAAAUAUCCUCAUAAAGUAAAACCAGAACAAUUUUCAAAUGCAAGAAAGAGCUAUAGUCCUAAUAAGUCAACUAAGUGUGAAAACUCAAAAGAAUCUCAGCAACAUUCCAAGUCAUCAGGAGAAUCCUCUUCUCCAAAGGCUAGUUCUAAGUUGGCACUUAUGAAAGCAAAAGAAGAGAGUUCCUAUAAAGAAACAGAGCCUGUGGCCUCAAAAAGAAAAGACAGUGCCAAUGAGUUGAAAGGAGAGAAGAAAACUCCUAAGAAAACCAAAAGUUCUCCAGCUAAAAAAGAGUCUGUAAGUCCAGAAGAUUCUGAAAAGAAACGAAGUAAUUAUCAAGCUUAUCGAAGCUACUUAAAUCGAGAAGGUCCCAAAGCUCUGGGCUCCAAAGAAAUACCAAAGGGAGCUGAAAAUUGCUUGGAAGGCCUUAUAUUUGUGAUCACAGGAGUGCUGGAGUCCAUUGAACGAGAUGAAGCCAAGUCUUUAAUUGAACGUUAUGGGGGAAAAGUAACAGGAAAUGUCAGCAAGAAAACCAACUACCUUGUCAUGGGUCGUGAUAGUGGACAGUCCAAGAGUGAUAAGGCAGCAGCCUUGGGGACAAAAAUUAUUGAUGAAGAUGGACUGUUGAAUUUGAUUCGAACUAUGCCAGGCAAGAAGUCUAAAUAUGAAAUAGCAGUUGAAGCUGAGAUGAAGAAAGAAAAAUCCAAAUUGGAGAGAACACCCCAAAAAAAUAAUCAAGGAAAAAGAAAAAGUAGUCCAACCAAGAAGGAAUCAGAAUCUAAAAGGAACAAGCUAACUCCUAAAAGGGACAGUUCUGUAAAGGCAAUAAAAAAGGAGACACAGGAAACAAACGUGCCUCGGAAAGCCCUGAACUUUAAGGAGCAGGUGGCCCAGGACACACAGGGUGACAGUAAGGCUAGGGAUUUGGCUGACAGCGGUGAAAGCAAAGUGGAAAAUUUGCUCUGGGUAGAUAAAUACAAGCCAACUUCACUCAAGACUAUAAUUGGACAGCAAGGUGACCAGAGUUGUGCCAAUAAACUGCUACGCUGGCUCCGAAACUGGCACAAGAGUUCUCCUGAAGAGAAGAGACAUGCAAAGUUUGGUAAAUUUGCCGGUAAAGACGAUGGCUCUAGUUUUAAAGCAGCAUUGCUCUCAGGCCCUCCUGGUGUUGGCAAAACCACCACAGCUUCUCUGGUGUGUCAGGAAUUGGGAUAUAGCUACGUGGAACUAAAUGCAAGUGACACUCGGAGUAAGAACAGUUUGAAGGCACUUGUUGCUGAAUCGCUGAAUAACACCAGCAUCAAAGGCUUUUAUUCAAGCUCAGGUGGAGCAGCCCCUUCCGUAAGCAUGAAACAUGCGCUCAUCAUGGAUGAAGUAGACGGCAUGGCAGGCAGUGAAGACCGGGGCGGAGUGCAGGAAUUAAUUGGUCUGAUAAAACAUACUAAAAUACCCAUUAUUUGUAUGUGUAAUGAUAGAAAUCAUCCCAAGAUUCGCUCUUUGGUUCAUUAUUGUUUUGAUCUUCGUUUUCAAAGACCUCGGGUUGAACAGAUAAAGGGUGCUAUGAUGUCCAUUGCAUUUAAAGAGGGUUUAAAGAUUCCCCCUCCUGCUAUGAAUGAAAUAAUUUUAGGAGCCAAUCAAGAUAUCAGACAGGUUUUGCACAAUCUAAGUAUGUGGUGUGCGCGAAGCAAGGCGCUAACCUACGAUCAGGCCAAGGCCGACUCUCAUAGGGCCAAGAAGGAUAUCAAACUGGGCCCAUUUGAUGUUGCCCGGAAAGUGUUUGCAGUUGGAGAGGAGACUGCUCAUAUGUCACUUAUGGACAAAUCAGAUCUCUUUUUUCAUGACUAUUCAAUAGCACCCCUCUUUGUCCAGGAGAACUAUGUGCAUGUGAAGCCUGUAGCUGCAGGGGGUGACAUGAAAAAGCACUUGAUGCUUUUGAGCCGAGCAGCAGACAGCAUUUGUGAUGGGGACUUAGUGGACAGUCAGAUUCGGAGUAAGCAAAACUGGAGUCUUCUGCCCACACAGGCCAUUUAUGCCAGUGUUCUUCCUGGAGAGUUGAUGAGGGGGUACAUGACCCAGUUUCCCACCUUUCCGAGCUGGCUGGGCAAGCACUCAUCUACUGGCAAACAUGAUCGUAUUGUUCAGGAACUAGCAUUGCAUAUGAGUCUCAGAACUUACUCUAGCAAAAGGACUGUGAACAUGGAUUAUCUGUCACAUAUAAGGGAUGCACUUGUACAACCCUUGACUUCACAAGGGGUGGAAGGAAUACAGGAUGUUGUUGCACUUAUGGACACAUAUUAUCUGAUGAAAGAAGACUUUGAGAAUAUCAUGGAAAUUAGCAGCUGGGGUGGCAAACCUAGUCCCUUUUCCAAGCUGGACCCCAAGGUGAAAGCAGCUUUCACAAGAGCUUACAAUAAGGAAGCCCACCUCACCCCAUAUUCACUUCAGGUAAUAAAGACAUCUAGACCCAGCACGAGCUCAGCACUAGAUUCUGAAUACAAUGAAGAAUUACAUGAAGAUGACUCUCAGUCUGAGGAGAAAGACCAAGAUGCUAUAGAGACUGACGCUAUGAUCAAGAAAAAGACAAAAUCUCCAAAGCCUUCAAAACCAGAAAAAGAUAAGGAGUCCAAAAAAGGAAAAGGAAAAAGUUUGAAGAAAUGAAACCAUUUUUUCACCAACAGCCACUUUUUAUCUACCCUCCUGACUAGUCCAGCUGGUCUAGAGCAAGCCUCGUUUUUUCCAGGGGAGCCAUGUUUAGCAUAAUGGGAUGACAUGGUGGUCCCAUUCCAAAGGCAGCACAGCUGGGAUGUAACCGGUAUGCUCGUGCACACCUCUCAUAGAGGUCUGUAGGACUAUGUGGGUGCUCCACUGUCUCCUGCCAAUCUAAUUAGAUUGUUGUACUUCAGAUGACUGUGUAUAUAAUUAGAACCAGAAACUGCAUGUGGGCUUUCGUGCCAGAUUUUCAUUAACAAUGAUAAACCUGGGAGCAGUGGUACGAAGGUAUCUUUUGUAGGUUUAAAAAUUUAUCCUAAUGGCCUUUAUAGGACCAAUGCUGAUUUUUUUUUUUUAAAGGUAAUUCUUAUUAUGUGGUGAAAUUUUGUAAAUAAAUCAAUACAAAACAUUCACCACCUAGAACUGGGUAUUCUUUGUACAUUGUCAAGCAUCUUACAAAGUAUAAAUUAGGAAUAAAAAUGUUCCACAUGAUACAUGUAUAAAUUUUUCUCAAGAUUGUCAUCUUGUACAGCAAAAUAGUAAGUAUGUUGGUAUAUUACUUUCCUUAUUAGUUUGCAAAUGAGUGGAUUAAAAGCUCAUUAUAUGCUGUACUAACCAGUUGUGUGAAACAUGACUGGUAGUUGAAGAGCCAGAGCUGGAAUUUCCAGCUUCCCUCCCUCUAGUGCUGACCACAGUCAUGCACCUUUCUCAUGGAGAGGCCCUCUUUGUAGAGGGUGGGGCCAUAGGAUUGCCAGGCGUGCCCGCCUUUGUGCAUCUCAUUAGGUUCAAACCAGUAGGGCUCAGGCAGGGUUUCUUAGGCUUACUUUGGCUGUAGAUGGGGUUCUUCCUGUGAUGGAUCUGUUGGAACUUCAGGCUGUACCUAGAGAUAUGCUUGCCAGUGGCUCUGAAGGUUAUGGAUCUAACCUGGAAUUUAGUUUUGUAGCUAUUUUUUUGAUCUUGUCAGAAAUGCUCAGAGGUGUGCGCUGCCUCUGUGAGGUAUAUGCUAAAAGGAAUAUAAAAUAAGGAUAGUGUUAACCUGCCUUCAAGGAUUGAUAAUCUUGUUUGGGAGAUUGGACAAAGUUCUGGAGACUUUUUAAGUAUCUUUAAUGGAGAUUAAUUCAUUAUGAAAAUAAAAUUUGCCUUAAGCCUUUACCCACUGAGCCAUGCUCUUCUUUGUUAAAGCCAGGCUUGGAACUUUUCAGUUUCAGUGAAAGUUAUUUCACUAGUAGGGUGAAGAUGGUCUUCUCAUGCAUAUUCUUCUUGCAUUUCUAUUCUUUUUGAAUAGCAAGUCAUGUCUGCCCAGUUAUUUUGUACACUCUGGAAAGGGCCUCUUUGGAGCCAGAACAAAUAGUGUCCUUUACUGUUCAUUAUGAAGUUCUGAACAUGUGUACAAGAACAUCUAUUUUAGAAAUUAUCAAUGUGCUAUUUAAUAUAUGAGGAUGACAGUGUAGAUCUAAUUCUUCUUUGCUGUCCUCAUAAGUGGGGGAUUAUGUGUGGGUUUUAUGUCAGUAAAUUGUAUUGAAUCACUUUGGCCAAAGGCCUCUGGCUUGUCCUGCUGGCCAUUAGGAGGGAAGGACAGGUCAUAAAGCUGGAAGCAUCAUACAGGCAGGCUGCUUAGAUGCUAUAAAACAUUAUUGGCCCUGCGGGCCCUCGCCUCAGCUUAGGAGGGCCAUAAAUGUAAAACUGUGUGAUUUAUUCAGAGGUGACUCAUUUCUGUUAGCUGUUUAGACUUUGAUGACAUUGGCUAAGAUGGCAAGGAAGCAUAUACUGAAGUUGCAGGAAAAGUAUGGUCCCUUGCAGCCUGUUUGUGUGGUGUACAUGAUACGAGGAAGGAACUGUCACACCUCCUUGGGAAAGAUUCCAAGUUAUGGGUGUUUUUAGGAGAAGUCAAACAAUUUGUGACAAAUUCCGUAGUGUGCAGUAGAAUGACAAAAAUUUUACUGUGUUUUGAUUCUGGGACUGAUUCUGCUAAAAGCCUUGAUUUGUAUGAACAUAUUUCAUGAUUUUUUAUACUUAAUAUAUAUAUGUACUAUCGAAACUUCACAAUGUGCUUGAAAGCUACCUUCAUCAUCUCUUUUUCUGUCUUUAACUCCAAGAAAACAGUACAAAUAUCUAGUCAAUAAUUUUAUUUUAAAGGAGAUAUUCAAAAUAUAAAAGUAAUCAAAAACUAAGUAUUUACAAUUACGUUAUAGGUUAUUAUUAAAAUGUAAAACUUUGAAGAGGAAAUAUACAAAGUAUAAUAAACAACACUAUUAUAUGUCACUUUUGCCAAGUGCUGACUUGGAGAGGUCACCUCUGUUUCUUUUUUGUGUAUCUAUGAAGAAUCAUCUCUUAAGUCCAUUGGGGUGGAAACAGUCUCCUGUGGAAAAAUUACUAUCUUCUCAGGAACACUGUAUCUAGAAAAGACAAACACAUGCCUUCAGAAGGGUUUCAGGUAAUUACUAGCAUUUAAUAAUCAAGCCACAUUCUCUGCUUAUUUCUGAACUAUGGAACAAGAACCCUACAUUCAAGCUUGAAAUUUCCAAUCUAUAAUCAGUAUUGAGUUUCAGUAUUGGCCUUGUAACUGACUAAUGUGUGGCAAGCUUCUAAGCCUUUAUUGUAAAUUGAGAAUGAUGCUGAUGCUGAUGAUGGCCAUACUGGGAAGAAUGAGAAAAUGCAGAAUGAAUCCUCAGCAAACUACAGAGAACAUAAAUAGUUAAAGAUUGCUUAUCUAAAGGAACCAGUGAACAAUGGCUUCAACCAAUAUUCAUUGUUUAAAAGACACAGUGACUUUUUAAAAAGAGAGUGCAUAAUCAUAAUUCACUGAAGACAUUCACUAAAAGAAAUUAAAAAAAAAAACACACCUAGUCAAAUAGUCAAAUUCUAAAAACAGAGAAUAUAUUGAAUGCAGCCACAGAGAAAAUGGUAUACACAGGGAACAACGAUGGUUGACAUUGGACAAGUAUCUUUUAAGUACUGUAAGAAAUAAACAACAACAAAACCCCCAAACCAGAAUUCCUUAUCAAGUGAAAAUAUCCUUCAAAAUUGAAGGAAAGUAAAGACAGAGAAAUAGUCACUAACAAACCUGAACUUGAAAGAAGUGCUAUAGGAAAUUCUUUAGGCUGAAAGCAAAUAAUACCAUGUGGAAAUCUGGAUUCAGGAAUGCAAGAAUAUCAUGGAAAUGGCAAAUAGGUUGGCAAGUAUAAGGCUAUAUCCAUAUUUUUUCCUGUAAUUUCUAAGACAUGAUAAAGGAAAAUAAUAAUAUAAGGUUUAUAAGUGUGUAUGUAUAUUUGUGACAUAGGCUACUGACCAAGUAAAAAGUUUUGCAAAGGUAUAUAGAUAAAAGGUCAACAGAGGAAUCAAGUGAAAUACUUAAAAAAAAAAAAAAAAGAAUUGGAUUAUGAAUA